UUUGACACCACAUACAUACACUGUAAUGUUAAAUAUUUAAAAAUACAACGCGAUCUAUGAUAAUCACUCGUUUAAGUUCUUCCUGAGACAUUAAUAUUAACAUUUAAUUCCUGACGAUGCGCUUUCUGGAUGACAGAUAAUUAUAACGCAUCACAAAUAUUCUGAACUAACAGCAUGAUUUGAGUUAAACGUAUUAAAUAAUCGUGUUUGUCCUGAUAUCCUUAUGCUGAGACUGUUAUCGGUCAAUUUUAGAGGACUUACAGAGCACAAGACACUCUUAAGUCUUAAAUUCAGCACAUCAUCUGUCAUGGCCAAAAGCAAAUUUGAAUACGUGAGAAACUUUGAGCUCGACGACACAUGUUUGAGAAACUGUUACAUUGUGGUUCGGCUAGAUGGACGCAACUUCCACAAGUUUUCUGAGCAGCAUAACUUCAUGAAACCCAGUGAUAACCGAGCUCUGGGUUUGAUGAGCCGCAGUGCCCGUUCGGUCAUGGAGGAGCUGGAGGACAUCACUAUUGCCUAUGGACAGAGUGACGAGUUCAGCUUUGUGUUCAAAAGAUCAACCAGUUGGUUCAAAAGAAGGGCCAGUAAACUGAUGACCCACGUGGCUUCCCAGUUUUCCUCUAGCUUUGUUUACUACUGGAAGGAGUAUUUUGGGGAGCAUCCGCUGCUGUACCCACCCAGCUUUGAUGGCAGGGUGGUUCUGUAUCCUAGCAACCGUAACCUAAGAGACUAUCUAAGCUGGAGACAGGCAGAUUGUCACAUUAACAAUUUGUACAACACUACGUUUUGGACUCUGGUUCAGAAAGGUGGACUGACCACAACGCAAGCUGAGGAGAGACUCAGUGGAACACAAGCAGCGGAUAAGAAUGAGAUCUUGUUUUCUGAGUUCAGUAUCAAUUACAAUAAUGAAUCCCCACUGCACAAAAAAGGCACAACUUUAAUAUGGGAAAAGGUGAAUGAAACCACAACUAAACAGAUCAAGCGGCCAGAUGAAGUACAGACAGAAAUUACUGUAACACGGACCAGAAAAAAGGUUACAAGUCAUUCCUGUGAUAUCAUUGGAGAUCAGUUCUGGGAAGAACAUCCAGACAUUCUGGAAAGCGACCAGUGUUGAUCACAUGUUUAAAGACCAAAAUACAAGCUAAUUUUUCCCUUUGGUAUUAAAAAAACAUUCAAUGUU